UUGAAACCGGGCCGGGGCAAAGAGCUGGCGGCGCAGGGGGCGCUGCGCAGCGGUGUGGUGGCGUUCAUGGUCCUGGGCGUGGCCGUACUCACGCUGGCUCUGGCCGUGGGCGGCCGGAAAGCGAUGGAGUCCUUCGAUAGGCGCCAUUACACGAGACUGGAGCUCAACGACCUGCACUACGAGGGCGCCACACUGAGGGGAAUCCUGGACUGUGAUUGGUCAGAGAUGAUAGGAGUUGAUCUCAGCUGA